AUGGCGAGUCAGGACAGAGAUCACACCGUGGAUGCCACAGAGGCGGGGCCGGAGGAUACCGGCUUAGAAGUGAGUUCCACCCGGGCGGUGAACCCAGGUGGGGCGAUGGCGGAAAAAGAGGAGCAGUCUACGGGUGCGCGAUACCCCUCAGGCUGUUCGCUCCUGUCUCGUAUUUUAGACCUGAUAAACUGGAAAAGACCGUUACUGACAUUCUCGCUCUUCGCUGCCACCAAUUUUAUAUUCUGGUUUGUAACUCUGAGUCGUUAUAGAGUGUACUCCCUUCUCUCUCUGGGCUUGGCCUUCCUGGUAGUGGUUCAGUUAGUGAGAGAUGUGGUCCUCUCCAGAUCACGAGGGUCCAAUUUAUGGCGUAGUAUGACUGGAAGCUGGGAGAUUAUUGACUCCAGGCGCGAGGGCGAAUCUGGAGCUGGAUCUCACAUCACAGACUCCUGGAUGAGCUUCAAACUCUUCCUUGAGGAGACCUCUUCUUUCAAACAGCAGAAUCCAGGCAAGUUCUGUCUGCUGGUAUGCAGUUUGUGCUCUUUCCUGGCCAUACUUGGCCGUUACAUUCCAGGAGUAGUCAUUUCAUACAUUUUAGUGCUAGGAAUCUUCUUAUGGCCUGUGGUGUCAUCACAUGAGUUUGGGUUAUGGUUGGAACCAGUUCUGCAGAAACUGGACUUUGGAAUCGGAGAAUUCUUUCAAAGAAUCAAGGAGAACCAUGAGAAAAGAAUGCUGGAGACACAAGCAGAGAGAGAGAGUAUUGAAGCUGACCUGUCAUCUCUUUUUCCAAAGCUGGAUUCCACUGUAUGUAAAGAACUCUCCAUAUCAGAUACAGAGGCCUCUGAAGUCACAUGGACCGACAAUGGUACUUUUAACCUCUCUGAAGGACACACACCUCAAACAGAAAACUCAGAGGACUCAGAUCGUCGGAGUGACGAGGAGGUGUUUGCUGGUGGCCUCCCAGAGUUCCCUUCCCUUGACAAUGGCUUGGGAACAAAUGGGGAUGAUGAUGAAGAUCUAAGCCUUGGUAUGCCCCCACCUCUUCUCCAGACCAGCAGGGUACAGUUCAACCGAGCAGAGGCGGAGCCCACAACCCAAGCGCUGGAGCUGGUUCAGAAGAUCGCGGGGGAGGUGCUCACCGCCGCUGUCACAACGGCCGUCCAGGAGCGACUGGGAGCAGCGUUGGGCGUCCCCUCGGCCCCUCCGGUACUGGCCCAAGCCUUGGCUGAAGAGUCAGACAGCGAAGCAGAGGACUUUGAACUUCUGGACCAGUCUGAGCUAGAGCAACUGGAAGGGGAACUGGGAUUAGACAAGGCCAAACGUGAAGACCAGCCCAAAACCAGCAAACCCACCGGCUUCCUGUCCAAGCUACUUGGGCGCCACUGA